AUGGCCGACAUGCUCGCAACAUUCUACAGUACAGUUGCCAUGGCAUUUGCCGUGGGUCACGGCGACAACCUAGCCGACACCAUCCCGCUUUCCGAAUCACAUCCCUUGUUCUGGCUUCUACACCAGGCCGUGCAAGAUCCCGACACCCAACUGUCACCUAAAGCAAUCAUGCGCAGCCUGAACAUUGCUGGACUGCCACAAGAUAUCAAGUGGCCCAUUGCCUCUAUUCUCUCGACCGUUCUGAUAUUCGUGAGGGAUCGGCCGGCAGAAAACGAGGCCGAGAUGUACGCGGCCUUGAAGAACAUGCUCUCUAUCCAUUCAUCCAUCCUCAUCAAACUCAUCCCCGCUGCGCUACUCACGGGGUCCCUUCCAGCUCCUGGAGUAUUGGAAGAGUACGACCUCGCCGUGUUUGCGGCCCUUGUCCAAGCUUUCCGCAAUGGCGACGUUGCCCGAUGGCGCGCACUCGUCCAACAGCAUAGGCAAUGGUUGCGGGCGCAGAAUAUCUGGCUCCUCCUCUUUGAACGGGGCGAGAUUCUGGUAUGGCGCAACCUCUUCCGCCACGCAUUGAAGGCCUACUACGACGCCGAGCCCAGUGCGCCACGCAACCGAUGCCCGACGUGGGUGUUUGAGGAGGCUGCACGGACUGCAUUUGCUGGAUCAGGCGAGCUCGAACAAGACCUCGUUCUCGAGGACGUCAUCUGUGUCUUAUCCAGCCUGAUUGACCAAGGGCUGCUCAUGGGCAACAUUAGCUACUCGCAGCGGCAGGUGGUGAUGCGGCCCCGUCCAGACGGGAUGGGAGGCUUCCCGCGCUUGAAGGACGUGACGCCGCGACGUGUACAGGCCAUUACUUAG